AUGGCAGGUGGCUCAGGUGGCGCGACGACCGAGCAGCUCAUCUUCAGAGCUCAGAAGUCAACCAACCAUCUCAAGGCACUGCUAGCCAAGCUGCUGCCCGUGGCGGCGGGAGGAGGCUAUGGCGCCGGGGCAAAGUGCUCUGGCGGCGACGUGGACGCCCUCCUGUCGGACAUCACCGAUUCACUGUCUCAAGCGAUUACGUCUCUGCGGAUCCCCACAGUUGGGCAGCCAGCGGCUGCCAGCACCGCCGCCGGGAGGAGCCCAGCCGGUGCCGGCGGCAGGAGAUCAGCAGCGACAAGGAGAACUUCUCAACGGGCCAGGAUGGAUGCUGCGUCCCGAAUGAUAGUGCUACAGAAUGGAGUUCAUGAUUCGUACACAUGGAGGAAGUACGGGCAGAAGGAAAUUCUGGGCGCCAGAUUUCCAAGGAGUUAUUAUAAAUGUGGCCGCAGGCCCGGCUGCCCUGCGAAGAAGCACGUGCAGCAAUGCGACGCCGACCCGUCCAAGCUGGAGAUCACCUACUUUGAGGCACACACGUGCGAUGAUCGACCACCGUCGUCGUCCCAUUCUGUUCCAGAUCCGACGACCGGCUCGGACGCUCUGCUCGUACCAGCCACGGCCGUUCCAUUGCCAUCAGCUCACUGCUACGGCGGCCGACCGUCGUCGCCGUUGCACCAAGUGCCAUACGCGACAACGAUCGGCUCGUCCAACGUCCUGACGACCACCGGUCGUCUUCUGCCGGUUGCUGCCGUUCCAGGCGCUCUGCCUAGUGCAAGCUAUGACCCAGUCCCGGAUGUCACGGACUGCACGCCGUCGUUGGAGCAAGAGCAAGCCCAUGAUCUGCUUCACAUACCUUCGCCGGCUUGUUCACAGUCAGAGCUGCUGCCCGUGGAGGUUGAUUGCGACUUUGCUGUACCCGAGAUUUAA